AUGAUUGAUUUAAGUUUCCUAACGGAGGAGGAACAUGAGACCAUCAUGAAGGUUCUGCAGCGAGAUGCUGCCCUGAAGAGAGCUGAAGAGGAGAGAGUCAGACAUUUGCCUGAAAAAGUAAAAGAUGACCAACAGCUGAAGAAUAUGAGUGGCCAGUGGUUUUAUGAAGCCAAAGCAAAAAGGCACAGAGACAAAAUCCACGGUGCAGAUAUCAUCAGAGCAUCCAUGAGAAAGAAGAGGCCCCAAGUAGCAGCUGAACAAAGUAAGGACAGAGCAAAAGGAGCGAAGGAAAGCUGGGUGAAUAAUGUCAACAAAGAUGAUUUUCUUCCCCCAGAGCAAGCCAGUGAUGGAGAAGAACCUGAAGAAGAUGGAGCACCAGCAAGUCCAAGCUCCACCGUGGUGAAUCGAGCUUCCUCAGUGACUGAUAUGUCCCAGGAACACACAAGGAAAUCAGUUGGGUCUCCAGCUAAGCAAAGGAAGAAUCCAUUUAAUAGCUCUAGUUUGCCAGACGAUCACUUAUCUCAACAAACCGAAAAUGAACCAUCAAAAAAUGGAAGGGCUGGUUUAUCUCAGACUUCAAAAGAGGGUGAAUUGUCCACAUCAAGAGAAAAGUCACUGGUCCCGGAUAUUUCAAGCCAAAUACUUGAGAAACCAAAGGAGACUUUUCCAGGCCCUGUGAAUAAUUCCCAGUCCAAAGCUCCAAUCCCAAAAGCCAGGAAAAUGGUCUCUAAGUCAAAUGACUUACUGCACGGGGAGCAUCAGUCUUUUCUUAGAAAGAGGACAGACUCCCUAAAUGCCAAAGGGACUCCGAGAGGGAUCCUGAAGCGCAACUCCAGUUCCAGUAGCACAGACUCAGAAACUCUGCGUUUUAAUCAGAACUUCGAACCUAAAAGUAAAACCGUGUCACCUGGCCUAACCAUCCAUGAGAGAAUCUCUGAGAAGGAACACUCUUUAGGAGAUGCCUCUUCCCCAAAUGCACUGGAACCAUCAAAGCACGUGCGAUUCUCUGCAGUCAAAGAUGAGCUUCCACAAAACCCUGCGCUAACCCACGGCCGAGAAGUGGGAGAAUUUAGUGUUUUGGAAUCCAACAGGUUAAAGAAUGCACCGGAAAAGACAAGGGAUGCUGAUGGCCUUCAGGAUAAGCCUGAGCCUUCCCACCAGGGAGAGCCUUUACGGUGUUGUCAUCCAGCCUCCAGCCCCGGAAUGUCAGAAGAUGAACCACAGCUGCCAGCAACUUCGGGUUCUUUUCCUACAAAUGGACCCUAUUCUCACUCAGGAGCUUCAACUGCAAGGACACAGUCCUUCAAGAAUUCACCCACCAUCAAUGAGUACACAGCUAACACAUCAGAAUUAGCAAAGCCUGGGUCAGAGUUCUCCAAAAGGCCUGCUGAUGAACUGUCUCAUUGUGUUGAACCUGAGCCGUCUCAGGUGUCAGAUGGCAGUUUCCGAGACCAUCAGCAAGGUUCAGAAGAAGAACCCAGUCCUGUUUUGAAAGCUAUGGAAAAGAGUGCUGCUAGGAAAAUGCCUUCCAAAAGUCUAGAAGAUAUUUCAUCAGAUUCGUCAAAUCAAGCAAAAGUAGAUAAUCUGCCAGAAGAAUUAGUGCGUAGUGCUGAAGAUGAUCAAAAAGCACAUCAGGAACCAGAUACGAAUGAAUGCGUACCAGGAAUUUCCACAGUGCCUUCACAACCUGGUAAUCAGUUUUCCAACCCCGACAAACUCAAAAGGAUGAGCAAGUCUGUUCCAGCAUUUCUCCAAGACGAGAGUGAUGACAGAGAAACAGAUACAGCAUCAGAAAGCAGUUACCAGCUCAACAGACACAAGAAGAGCCCGAGCUCUUUAACCAAUCUUAGCAGCUCCUCUGGCAUGACGUCCUUGUCUUCUGUGAGUGGCAGUGUGAUGAGCGUUUACAGUGGAGACUUUGGCAAUCUUGAAGUUAAAGGGAAUAUCCAGUUUGCAGUGGACUACGUGGACUCACUAAAGGAGUUGCAUGUUUUUGUGGCCCAGUGUAAGGAUUUAGCGGCAGCAGAUGUGAAAAAACAGCGCUCAGACCCAUAUGUAAAGACCUAUUUGUUACCAGACAAAGGCAAAAUGGGCAAGAGGAAAACACUUGUAGUGAAGAAAACCUUGAAUCCUGUGUAUAACGAGAUACUUCGGGUAGAUAUGAACUGUCUGCAGUUUACACUACAAGAUGACCCUUUCCCUCUCCACCUCCCCUAUGAGUUCUUUAUUCUUAAAUGUAAAAAUGACUCUACUUACUUUUUUUCAGGUAAAAGCUAUGGUACUGAGGUAGACUGGAUGGACUCUACUUCAGAGGAAAUUGCUCUCUGGGAGAAGAUGGUAGAGUCCCCCAAUACGUGGAUUGAAGCGACGCUGCCUCUCAGAAUGCUGCUCAUUGCCAAGAUUUCCAAAUGA